GAAACGGAAACGGAACCUUUGGUCGUCCACGUGCGUUCGAGUAGAAAAGAAAAAAUUCUGCUUUUUGUAUAAUGGAACUUGACAUAGGAGAUAUUGAUGCUAUCGUUUUGGAUUACUUAAAUACAAGUUUUCCUGACGCGGCAAAAGUUUUAAAGAAGAAGCCGAAAUUAAAACCUUCAACAAAUUCUCCUAAGCUUAAUGUUAUAUUUAAAGAAUGGAAAACUUACAAAAAUAAGGCCAAAAGAGAUUCUGAGGAAACUUCGAGUUCUAGCAGUGAAGAGGAAGACGAAAAAAGCAAGAAACGCAAAAGUGCUUUAGUGAAACGAAAGACGUCGUCCUCCAGUUCCAGCAGUGAAGAUGAAUGUAAUAAACCAAGCAAAAAGAAAUCUAAAACUGAGGUUGAUGACCAAACGAAAAAGAGAAGAAAUUCUUCCUCCAGUUCAAGCAGUGAAGACGAGAAAAAACCAGCGACUAAAAUACGUAAAAUAGUUAAGUCCAAAGGCAAAAAAUCAGAAGAGUCGUCUAGUUCGGACUCUGACUCAAGCAGUGAUGAGGAAGAAAAGAAGCCUAUAAGUAAGAAAAAACGAGCAAAAGAAUCAAGCAGUGAUUCUUCUUCUGAAGAAGAGAAAAAACCAGCAGCUAAGAAAUCUAUAGUUACAAAAAAGAAAGCUAAAGCAUCAUCUAGCUCUGAAUCUGACUCUAGCAGUGAUGAAGAUAACAAGAAAUCGGCCACUAAGAAACAAGUUACGAAAAAAAAGAAAGUAAAAGAGUCCAGUUCUGACACAGAGUCAAGUAGUGAUGAAAGCACAACUGUAAACAAAAAGGCGAUAGUGAAAUCAAGGAAUACCAAGGAAUCCUCAAGCUCUGAUUCUGAUUCAAGCUGUGAUAAAAAAGAAAAGAAGCCUGUUGUAAAGAAAAGCAUAAAAGAAGCCAGCUCUGAUUCUGAUUCCAGUUCGGAUGAAGACGAGAAGAAACCUGUAGCAACAAAGAAAAAAGGCAGGGAAUCAUCUAGCUCUGAAUCGGACUCAAGUAGCGAUGAAAAAGAUAAGAAGCCUUUAGCUAAGAAAACUGCUGCUGCUAAGAAAAAGCUUAAGGAGUCCAGUUCUGAAUCAGACUCAAGUAGUGAUGAAGAGAAGAAACCAGCUGCAAAGAAGACUACGGCAAAGAAAGCUAAAGACUCGUCGAGCUCCGAAUCUGACUCAAGUGAUGAAGAAGAAAAGAAACCAGCCGCAAAGAAGACAACACCAAAGAAAAGUAAAGACUCCUCCAGCUCUGAAUCGGACUCAAGUAGCGAUGAGGAAGAGAAAAAGCCUGUAGCUAAGAAAACUGUUGCUGCUAAGAAAAAGGCUAAAGAAUCGAGUUCUGAAUCGGACUCUAGUAGUGAUGAGGAGAAGAAACCAGCCGCAAAGAAGACGGCAACAAAAAAGGCUAAAGACUCCUCCAGUUCCGAAUCUGAUUCAAGUGAUGAAGAAGAGAAGAAACCAGCCGCAAAGAAGACGGCAGCAAAAAAAGCUAAAGACUCCUCCAGUUCCGAAUCUGAUUCAAGUGAUGAAGAAGAGAAGAAACCAGCCGUAAAGAAGACGGCAGCAAAAAAAGCUAAAGACUCCUCCAGUUCCGAAUCUGAUUCAAGUGAUGAAGAAGAGAAGAAACCAGACGUAAAGAAGACGGCAGCAAAAAAAGCUAAAGACUCCUCCAGUUCCGAAUCUGAUUCAAGUGAUGAAAAAGAGAAGAAACCAGCCGCAAAGAAGACGGCAGCAAAAAAAGCUAAAGACUCCUCCAGUUCCGAAUCUGAUUCAAACUCCUCCAGUUCCGAAUCUGAUUCAAGUGAUGAAGAAGAGAAGAAACCAGCCGCAAAGAAGACGGCAGCAAAAAAAGCUAAAGACUCCUCCAGUUCCGAAUCUGAUUCAAGUGAUGAAGAAGAGAAGAAACCAGCCGUAAAGAAGACGGCAGCAAAGAAAGCUAAAGACUCCUCCAGUUCCGAAUCUGAUUCAAGUGAUGAAGAAGAGAAGAAACCAGCCGUAAAGAAGACGGCAGCAAAGAAAGCUAAAGACUCCUCCAGUUCCGAAUCUGAUUCAAGUGAUGAAGAAGAGAAGAAACCAGCCGUAAAGAAGACAACACCAAAGAAAAGUAAAGACUCCUCCAGCUCUGAAUCGGACUCAAGUAGCGAUGAGGAAGAGAAAAAGCCUGUAGCUAAGAAAACUGUUGCUGCUAAGAAAAAGCUUAAGGAGUCCAGUUCUGAAUCAGACUCAAGUAGUGAUGAAGAGAAGAAACCAGCUGCAAAGAAGACUACGGCAAAGAAAGCUAAAGACUCGUCGAGCUCCGAAUCUGACUCAAGUGAUGAAGAAGAAAAGAAACCAGCCGCAAAGAAGACAACACCAAAGAAAAGUAAAGACUCCUCCAGCUCUGAAUCGGACUCAAGUAGCGAUGAGGAAGAGAAAAAGCCUGUAGCUAAGAAAACUGUUGCUGCUAAGAAAAAGGCUAAAGAAUCGAGUUCUGAAUCGGACUCUAGUAGUGAUGAGGAGAAGAAACCAGCCGCAAAGAAGACGGCAACAAAAAAGGCUAAAGACUCCUCCAGUUCCGAAUCUGAUUCAAGUGAUGAAGAAGAAAAAAAACCAGCCGUAAAGAAGACAACACCAAAGAAAAGUAAAGACUCGUCGGGCUCUGAAUCGGACUCCAGCAGUGAUGAAGAUGCAAAAUCUGCUAAGAUUGGUAAAAAAAGGAAAGCAAAAGAGUCGUCUAGUUCCGACUCUGAUUCAAGUAGCGAUGAAAAAGCAAGGAAGCCAACCAUUAAGAAAGCGAAAGUAGCUAACUCUGAUUCUGAUUCAUCCAGUGAAGAAGAGACCAGAAAGAAAAAAUCAGAAAAUAAAGCGACAACUAGUUCAGAUAGCGAAUCAAACUCGAAGGAGGUGUUACAAAAUGGAAACGAUGAUUCACAGAUACUUGAGAAUGGCCACGCAUCCUUCAAUGAAAAAAAAAGGGUUGGUAUUGGACAAAAUUUAAAGAAAAAACUAACUUUUUAAAAUUCAACAGAAGAGACAUAGUUCACCUUUUAGACGUGUUCACAGCGAGAAAGUGGCUGUACCUGACGAACUAGCAGACAACUCAUUUGAAGCAAAGAGAAAUGCAAGGGGAUCAUGGGGAGAUCAAGCAAAUCAGAUUUUACGGCACACCAAGGGAAAAUCUUUUAGACAUGAAAAAACAAAGAAGAAGAGAGGAUCUUACAAGGGUGGUGAAAUUGAUACCUCUAUUUGUUCAAUUAAAUUUGAUUAAUUGUUUAGCGAUUGUAGAAAAUCUUGUUUUUGUUGCCUAAAGAAUUGUACGAAAAAAAUCAGUAUCGUAUUUGUCUUAAAAUAUCGUUCGUUUUGUUCUGAUGCAAUUUAUACUUAUCAAUAUGAGAGAACAUAUUAUCUUCCUAAAAGUUAUUGAUAAAAAGCUUUAUGUUGGACUUUGUUUUUCACCUGGGUAAAUUAUAUAUACCCAGCGUAUUAAAAUUUUUGUAUCUUUGUUUUUUUUUUUGGCCUAGGAUUAUUAAGUAUAAAUACUAAAUUCACUUUUGCCGUUUUCUAACUUGGAGGUUCGUUUAUCAGUAAAAAUUCCUCGCAUAAAUGAAUUUGUUUAAUUAUUUUCUUUUGGGUCUUCAUUUCCGUUUACUAUUAAACUUAAUAGAUACCUUAUAAACUCUA